AUGUCUGAAUUAAACCCCAAAACAAAACAUAAAGAAUUUAAUGGUCUACCAGGUGUAUUAUCAAUUUCAUUAGGUCUACCAAUUUUAUUAGUCUUCUUAUAUCAAUUAUCAAAUGAACAUUAUCAUACAAAAGGUUUAUCAAUCGAUCUUACCCAAGUCUUUACAUUAGAAAGACCAUUAUGGGAUAUGAUCCUAGAUUCAAAAGUUUGGAGUUUUUAUUUACUUUGGUUUUUUGGAUUAAUGAUUUUAGAUUUAUCAUUACCAGGUUAUCAUAAGCAAGGGGUUGAAUUAAGAGAUGGUACUAAGCUAACUUAUUUGAUUAAUGGGGUUUCUAUAAGCUUGAUUUUAAUUAUUACCUUAUUAACAAGAUUUUGGUUAACUCAAGGUGAAUUACCAGAAUUACAAUUUUUAUAUCAAAAUAUAUUAGAAUUAACUAUCAUAACCACAAUUUUCUCUGCUCUUUUGGCAACUUUUGUUUAUAUAAUUUCAUUCCAACCUUUAAGAAAACCAAAUGGGAAAGGAACCAAUGAAAGAAUCUUAGCAAUUGGUGGUAAUACAGGAAAUCCAAUAUAUGAUUGGUUUAUUGGACGUGAAUUAAAUCCAAGAAUUGGUUCAUGGGAUAUAAAAUUAUUUUGUGAAUUAAGACCUGGUAUGUUAUUAUGGUUAUUAAUUAACCUAAGUUGUUUACAUCAACAAUGGUUAAAACUAGGGUAUAUUACAGAUUCAAUGAUUUUAGUUAAUGUUUUACAAGCUAUUUAUGUAUUUGAUGGUGUUUUAAAUGAAGAUGGUUGUUUAACAAUGAUGGAUAUUACAACGGAUGGAUUUGGUUUCAUGUUAUCAUUUGGUGAUUUAUCAUUAGUUCCAUUUUCUUAUUCAUUACAAUCAAGAUACUUGGCGGUUGAACCAAUUGAAUUAGGUGAAAUUUUCUCAACAGUGGUUCUUUUAAUUAGUUUUACAGGAUUCUAUAUAUUUAAAUCAUCAAAUAAUCAAAAAUCAAAUUUCCGUCAAGGUAAAUUAUCACAUUUAAAUUCAAUUCAAACCCAAAGAUCAACAAAAUUAUUAUGUGAUGGAUGGUGGGGAUUAAGUCAACAUAUAAAUUAUUUUGGUGAUUGGAUUCAUGCCCUAAGUUGGUCAUUAUCAACUGGAUUUAUAACUCCUUUCACUUAUUAUUAUAUCUUAUAUUUUGCUUCAUUAUUAUUACAUAGACAAUCAAGAGAUGAAAUUAAAUGUAAAGAAAAAUAUGGGAAAUCUUGGGAUGAAUAUGAAAAAGCAGUUCCAUAUAAAAUUAUUCCUUAUGUAUACUAA